CCAGGCACGUGUUGUGACUGAGUGUGUGACAGAGAAAGUCGUUUCUGUGUAAUUUUUAGGGAAAAUGCGUGCAUUUUAGCGUUUGAGUGACUUUUCAAAAGUUGUUAAAAGUUCAAAAGAGAUUUUUAAAAGUAGCUACAUGUGUUGCUAGGUGCUGUUUGAAAAAUAAGUUGUAGGGUAGUCUGAGAAGUUGCUAAAUCUAGCAACAAAAUUGCUAAAUUGGCAUCACUGUCAUUGGGCAAUACAUUUUAGCUUGACCUGGCAACCCUGCUCGUUCGGUACUCUGCUCGACACCAGCCGAAUCGAAGCAUGCUGACCUAUUUAAGGGGACUACGUUCCAGUUUUGUCUGCGUGCAGUAGCGUCUUUGUCAAGUUAAUGGACAUGCCCAAGGCAACACGAAUUCUGUUAAGUAACAAUAUCAACCAAACCGGGAAAUGUCAAAACGCAAAGAGAGCGCCAUGUCACGAUCAGAGUUAACAAGGGAGCUCUUGGGCCGGUACAUCUCAGACACCCUCAGCCACAUUCACACAGUGAGGGAGUUCUGCGACAGGCAUUCCAAAUGGGCCCUUCAGAGGGAGACAGAACUGGAAAUGAUGAGGGACAUCAAGGAGAGGGCAGACAGAAUUGACCUUAAGUUCGACCAUGUCCGUAACUCGGCGACCAAGGCCAAGGCGUUUGGGGAGUUCGUAUGGAGCGGUCUGACCCAGGUGACUGCAGACAGUAGGCGUGAGGAGCUGGAGAAGGAGCUGGGUGCUGUACUAAAGGACACUCUGGGAGGCCUGGAGAAGCUGGAUUACUUCCUGGAUGCUAUGGAGUGUCUGGCAGUCACCUGUCUGUUCGUGUUUGAGGAGAACAGGUUCCUCUGUCUGCCUCUGGGGACGAGCCCUGCCAGUGUUCAGGCUGUCAUCAUUGCUGCCAGAAUAGCCUGCCCUCUCCUCAUCCACUUUAAGAGGGAUGCUAAGGCCUUCUUUAUGCCCAGCCUGCUCAAUGUAGAGGUGCUGGCCUUCCAGCUGGAUAGAUACAUACAAAUCAGCCAGCAGCUCUGUAAGAGGAUGGAGAAGCGAUUACAGAUCAGACCACAGCCUGAGAGUAAACUUGGUAGCUACAUCAGUGAAAUGCUGUUUUGGAAAAAGAAGAAUUACAUCCCUGUGGUCAACCUUGGUGAUGUGAGGGAAGAGUCCAUACAAAAUAUGCUCCAACAUUUGAAUCAGCUGAGUGAUAUCAGGAUGGACCAGCACCUCAGACUGACGUUCCUGUUCCAAGAGGCUGCUCAGUGCUUCAUUGGCCGGUUCAGCCAGCGCCGACCCAGGAUGGAGCAGUUUCUGACCAAGCUGGAGGAGAGUGCUGUGCAGCUGGACAGGAUGAAGCUGGGGGCUAAGAUCUCCAGUGUGGCAGGCAGCUCAGUGGGGGUGGCUGGAGGGAUCCUAACCAUCGUGGGCUUAGCUCUGACCCCUGUCACUGCUGGGGUGUCAAUGGCUCUCACUUAUGCAGGGGUCAGCCUGGGGGUCACCAGUGGGGUCAACAGUUUAACCACUGGCAUCACAGAGAUGAACGUCAAUAGCAUCCAUGAGAAGAAAGCCAGUAAAGUCUUCCAGAGUUUCAUGGAGGACGUGGAGAGUCUCCAGGAGUGUCUGGAGGAUGUGGCCAGGAAUAUGGAGCCCAUCCUGGGGCAGAGCAGGGUGGACAUGGUUGGAGCAGGGAAGGUGAUUGCCACCACUGGGGCCAUCGGAAAAGGCAUUGACUUCCUAGUUGACCUUUCCUCAGGUUUGAAGCCGGUGAAAGUCCUUAGAAAUGAAGAUCUGAUCACAAGCGCUGGUAAGUUGGCGCUCCAGGAAGGCAAAGCAGCACAAAACCUGCCCAAGCUAGCAGGGGACAUCCCGGGCAUUGGACAGGUGGCCCCACUAGCCCUCUCCAAGUCAGCGCGGGCUGGUCUCAUCAGCAUCAACGCCCUCUUCAUUGGCCUGGAUGUCUUCUUCAUCUGUAAAGACAGCGUCGGCCUGGCCAAAGGCAGCAAGAGUGAGAGGUCUCAGCUCAUCCGUGCCAGAUCAGCAUUGUGGAUCUGCACUUUUUCCAUUUUCAUCAAUCAUUCUGUACACAAGUCUAAUUUUAUAAUCAACUUUACAAUUGAAUGUUAUAAUAAAUGAAACUAUCUGGGCAAUUUAA